AAUAAUGUGUGUUUAGAGAGAGAAAGAAGAAGAAAAAGCAGUAAAGCAAAAUGGGUCGUCUCUCUCUCUCCAUGUGACUUUGGACCAGGUUAUCUUAUUCAUAUACUAGGGUUUAUGUUCACAAAUUUGCUAAUUUAUUGUUUCGGAAGUUCAUUUCUCUGUUCGUUAACUGUAUUUGUUGAAUUCAUACCACAGAUCUGAUGAAAUGAGGUAAUUUUGAUGAUUUCUAGGGUUACAUUCAGCUUCAGUAGCUGGUGAAUCGAUAAUUUGUGUUUAAUUUCGUGUUUGAAGGUGAAUUUGAGGUUAAUUUAGUGUGAAUUUGAGGUAAUUUAGCCGGUUAGGUUAGUUAGAUAAAGUGGAAGAGGUAAAGUGAAGGAUCUGGUUUGUGAAAUAAUGGCAACGGCCACUGAUGCAGCGGCUACUAGAUUUAAGUCAAUCAAGUCAUUGCCUGUGGAUUAUAGGUUUAUGGGUUCGUCGGGUGAGAAGUAUGCGAACAGUUUGGUUUCAGUUAGUGUACCGGAGAAUGGUAAUAUGGAUCGGGUUGUUGAUGAUGAUUCGCCAUACGGUAAAGGGUCGAGCUUUUUGUUAAAUGAUAGACCUUCUGUAGUUGAUGUUAAUGAUGAUGAUGUUAAUCCGUUGGUUUCUUCUCAAGGAUCUGUUUUAGGUUCGUGGGGGAAUAAGAAAUGGGGUUAUACUGCUUCUUAUGUUGCUAAAAAGGAGGGCGGAAACUGACGGUGCUUCAGCAAGCAGUGGAGCUCAUUCUUCGUCAGCUCAAAACUUUUCCUUUUCCAAGUGACAUCGUAAGCGUAUUUCACAACAGUUUCUAGUUUGAGAUGAGACCAGAUUGUGUUCUCGAGAAUUCACCCAAAAAUUAAGAUGGUUUUAUAGGUUUGAUAGAGAGUCUAAAAUAUUUUAAGUAACUGGAUGUUUUAAUAACUGAUUAUGCUUGGCUGCUUGUUAGGAUUUUUUUCUGACUUCCUGUAGGUUUUAUUGUCUUUUUUAUAGUUGUGUGGGUGAGAAAUAUUUUUUUGCUAUGAGUGAGAUUAUACUUUUUUUUGAAUGGCAAAUUUGGAUCACACUAGGGUAUUAAAGGUGAGCUCUAUAUUUAUGAAUUUGGUGAUACUAUUUAACGGUCAGCUUUGUAGAACAUGUCACUUUUGCUAAACGUUUCAGUUUCGAUAAGCGGGUCAAUUUUGCUAAACGUUUUAGUUUCGAUAAUCGGGUCAGUUUCACACAACGAGAAAGAUUUUUGAAACACUUUUAGUUCGGUUUCAUUUUUCUACGGUCCGGUUUUGGUUUUCAAUUAUCAAAAAACCGUUGCUAACGGUUUGGCUUACGGUUUGACUUAAAAACCGUCCAAAUCAGGCUGCGAACACCCCUAGGUUUUAGUAUGAAUGGGUUCUAUAGCAUUAACUUUUGUUAAAUAUCCGUUCUAAUAUGCCUAAGUUAGCUUUUUAACAAACAAUUUUGACUAAUUUCAUUAAAUUUAAAUUCUUUUCAUUUACUUUUUCAUAGUUAACUUUCAUAGCUUUUAUCAUUCAUAAAUUUUGUAGACUAAACUAGUUACAUUGGAUUAUGAAUCUAAGAAGUUGCUUCAACAGGUUCGUGAUCGGGAGGACAAUUCUUAAAAGUUGAAGAUAAAGAAAGUUUUCUAGCAUUGAUAACCGCACAAAGAACAUGAGAACAAAAUUAAAUUGAUGAAAGAAUCAGAACAAACCUGUCGUCCGUUGGUCACCGGUGGCAGUGGUUUAUCAGAACUUUAGUUGAGAGAUGAUGGUGGAGAAGUAAUGGUGAGGCAGAGAUAUACGGCUGAGCAUAUAGAAAUUUGUCUUCCAAAUAAGGUGGAAAGAAUAAACCGUAAAUCUAAUUAAUGUUUUGAGCGGCAAUUGUUUUUUUGGCCGCCUAAUUUUUUGCUUUGCUAUAUCUUUUAACUUUUAUUCAAUAUUGUGACCGCAAAUGCCGUGGCAAAUUGAGCGAUCGGAUAUAUGUUAUUUCCUACCAUUUUGUGACCUUAACAUUAUCAUUUAUUAUUUUUAUUUUAAUUUAUGA